ACUGCCACUGUAACGGUUGUCUUGCUGUUUGUCCUUUUUGCAUUAAAAAUCUUAAGGUUAUUUGCCUUAUUGAAAUAUUUUCAAAAAGUUGCUAUGGCUGCUGAAAAAAUGAAGGUUAAUGCUGCUGCUCCACCUGAAGAGGAGGAGGAGGAAGAUUUAGAAGAUCCUAUGGAUAAAAUAAGGCAAGAAUGUGUUGAAAAACACUGUGCCAAUUUGGUUGAGAAGCUCAAUGAAUGUAGUGAUAGAGUAAGCAGCCGCAAGAAAACUUCGGAAAGUUGCGCCGAGGAACUUAUAGAUCUGCUACAUUGUAGGGAUCAUUGUGCUGUUAAAGAAAUUUUCAAACACGUCAAAUAAAAUAAGAAAUUUACAUAUUAGAAUGGUGAAAUCUGGAAGAUUCUUGGAUGGAAAAUAAAAGUCAACUUUAUUUAUUAGAUAAAAAUCAUCGUAGUUAAUUGGCUCUAUUAUGUUCAGUCAAAAAUGUGCUUUGUAAAUCGAUUGAAUACAGUUAGAUUUUUCUAGCUCACUGAAAUAAUUUGUGUUGAUUUUGUUUUCUCUAUCCAAAUAAAUGUUAUUUUAUAUGUAGAA